CUCUGCGCUUCUCCUCUCUCCAGGCAUCACCCUCCGCGAGGGUCGCGCGCCAUGGCCAAGCGAAGGGCGGAGGCGUUGGCGCUCGGGCCUCCCUGCGCGCGCUUCUUCCCUCACGCGCCGAGGCCGAAGCGCCGGCGGAUCGAUCUGGAGCUGAGAUGCGCGGCGCUGCCGAGCGGGGAAAGCGGUUGCCGCCUCAAGCGCAAGCGGGAAGCGAUGGAGAGAGGCGGGAGGGGAGAGGGAGGAGGAGGAGGAAGAGGAGGGGGCGGCCACGAGGAAGAAGCAGCCGGGCAGAGCAAGCGGCGCGCGGCGGAGGAGGAGGCAAGGGGGGCCCCGGAAAAGGAGGAGGAGGAGGAGGAGAAAGAGUUGGCAGCCUCCCCGGCCCAGGAGAAUGAAGAUGAUGUUUGGCACUACAAUUCUUUCCAAUACUGGAGAUCUCCUUUACCCACCAUCAAUCUGUCUGAUAUUCUGGAUUUAGAAAAUGAGAGUGCAGUAGCUGACAGAGACUCCAGCAGCAUUGGCCUGUCGGAAAUGGAAACCUAAAAAAUAUUAUUUUUGCAAAUCUGCAAUGCAGAAAAGAAUCUAUUCUGUUUUGGUUUUGCUUGGAAAAGUAAGCAGAGGUAAAACUUUGAAGGAGAAAGCAGACUUUGAAGGAAGAAUAACUGUUCUUGAAAGGAAGGAACUGUAGUAGAAUUCAUCAAAAGACUGCUUAUGGAAGCUUUAUGAAGGGAAUGCAAGGCUCAGAGAUUUAAAGAAAUAUUUGAAAACUGGUAUUUACAAAAAGACUACUUCAUAACCAGUAAAGUGAAGUUGAACAACAGAAAGUGCUUCAGAAGGGUGUUUUAAUGUGUAGCCAACUGAUAUGGCAUCAAAGAGAUUUGUGUUGUCUUUGUUAGAACAACCAAACUAGAAACAACAUCAACAAUAAAAAUGCACACUUCUACACAGAAUGAAUAUUAUUGUGGCAGUCAUUUUCUGCCAGUAAUUAUCACAGUUUUCAUAUACUUGCUGAAGGUAACUUCAUUAUAUCUUUAAUUGGGAGUUUAUAACUGAUGUUAAGAGUUCAGAAUACUUUGGUUUAACAAAUACAUAUAACCUAAUGGAUAGGGAAAGGAACUAUCAAGAGCAAUAAAAACCAUUGAGCACAUUUUUUUUUGCUAAUUGAGGAAAAUUGUGGUCCUGAAGAUUUCCAGCCCUGUUCAUAGUUUUUUGUAGCUUGUGUUAUAUUUUUACAUUGACAUUAGUAUAAAUGUCCUUUAACAUUGCAUCAAUGUGACUUACUGAAAUCAAUAACUGUGUCUUUAUACUUCAGACAGUUAUUUCUUUUUCAAUCAAAUAAUGAGCAUUUCUAUAUUAUAACUUUUCCAUAUUUUAUAAAAACCUUUAAAUGGUGGGAGAAAAAUCCUAUUUUUAUUCAAUGUGUAGUAAUCUUCCUAGUGGCAAUCUCAUUUUCAUUGUGCACCUGGAUGCUUUGUCAAUAAACACAGGGGUGCUAUUUCCAGCACUUGGGUUCA